CCAAUCUAAAAAGCAGAGUACUCUGUUUCUUGUCGGCUUCUAUACGACUUUGGAUUUGAGUUUUGAACUUAUUGGUUCAUCCCAAAACUUAACUUGAGUUAUUAAAAGUAAAAGGAAAGGAACAGAGAGAGAGAAAAAGAUGGCAACUUUUUCUGCAAAAUCAAAUAACAGAUCCAUCAGUUUGCCAAGCAGAUCACAUCCAGCUACUCAGAAUAUUGAAGAGGAGCUUAACAAGCUCAAGACUUGGGAAUUCUCUGCUUCACCAACUGCAGAAGCUGUCUACAAAGGUUUAGUUGGUUUGGGGGAGGUGCACAAGUGUAUGGAUGAUUUUUUAAAUUUUCCCCAGACACUUCAAGCCCUUUGUCAGUGCCAAAAUAAGAAAUGGAUCGAUGAAAUCUUGGAUAAAUCUGUGAGAUUUCUUGAUAUUUGUGGUACAACAAGGGAACUUGUGUCACAGAUUAAAGAAAAUGUUAAAGAUGUUCAGUCUUCAUUGAGGAGGAGAAAAGGAGAUUUGAGCACCAACAACUACACCACAUUCAGGAAGAAGAUGAAGAAAGAAACCAAAAGUUUAAUUACAGCUUUGAAAAUAAUGGAUCAUGAGAAGGUGGAUGGUGUAAUGGAAGUUGAUCACCACCUUGUCUCAGCUGUUAUCAGAGUCCUAAGAGAAGUUGCCACAAUAGGAAUUUCAGUUUUCCAAAUGGUGUUGAAUUUCUUGUCAGCCCCAAUUUCUAAGCCAAUUAGCAAAUGGUCUUUGGUUUCAAGAUUGGUGAACAAGGGCGGAGAACAGGAGAAUGUAAAUGAGAUAGAUAGUGUUGAGGUUGCAUUAUGCAGCCUUUCCAAGUGUGGUCCUAAUGAAGUGGAGAAGAUCCAAUUUAUGCAGAGUAAAUUGGAAACAGAGGAAGCUCAUUUUGAAUGCAUUGAGAAUGGUCUUGACAACAUCUUUAGAUGUCUGAUCAGAUCAAGAAGCACACUACUAAAUGUUGUCCCUUGCCAAUGAAAAUACCACUACUCUUGUCCUGUAUCGUAUUGCAUAAGCAUAUCCAAAUAUUUGUAGGAUAUGCUUAAGAAAUCCAUGUAAAGGAGCAAUUUUGUAAUUAACAUACAUAA